AUGACUGUUUUUAAAGCUCAUACUCCAAAGAAGGCUAGAAUUGCUGCUGAUGAAGACUUAGAAAAAGAUAUUUUAAGAUUUUUGAUCGGUUCCGGAAUCUCAUACACUACUCGUCCAGAAUUAUUAACUGAUCUUACGACAGAAACCAAUGAAAUUCAAGAUGUCUUUGGUCAUGAUUUUGAAAGUAAACAAUAUGGGUUCUUGAACAUCAAGACUGUUAAAAAAAAUUUCAAAAUCAAAACAUACGUCCUGGAAGGUGAAGAGAGCGAUGUUACUGUCCUUUCUGAAGCUGAUUUGACUCAAUAUGAAGUCUUUUGUGAAUAUGGUCAAGAUGGUGCUAAGAUGUCUAUAGGUGAAGAUGCUGAAUUAGUAAUUCCUCUAACGAUUGUCGGUCCAUAUAGAUUCAUGGAAGUUACCGUGGAAGAUCAAGAUGGAUUAGGUAAGUUCAAAGAUAUUGAUUUCCCAUCAAAGAUUCAAAGAGAAUCUCAAAGAAUGUAUACCCUGCUUCUUAAGAAAACUGUCGAUGAAUUGAAAGCAGGUGGUCAAAAACAAUGA